AUGGCUCCAACUCCAGCAAGGACGGACGAGUACAAUCCUUCACGGAUGAAAGACAGAGCUUCGAGACAAAUCUUUUUCGUCUCGGGAUAUGACACUUGGCUUCCUGCGGAUUGUGUCCCGAGCGCAUUGUCUACAGUUUUCAGUUCCUGUGGAGAGAUCAUAUACACUAGUAUUCUCCCAAGCUCCACUUUUGUUUGUAUAUCUGGAGAAGGCGCGUUAGAGAAGGCUCUGGAACUUAGUGGAAGCGACGUGGGAGGAUGGACUGUAGUUGUUAAGCCUGAACCGACUCCAAAUAGAAACAAUCAGAAGGAGGAGGACAUUAUUAUUGGCAUGCCUUGCCUUCUUUGUACCAUGAACGAUACCGAUCACUUUGAUUAUCCGAGGCCGUGGUAG